AUGAAGACGAUGAGCUCCCCUUGGGCUCGCUUCUACUCCAACAGCUGCUGCCUGUGCUGCCAUGUCCGCACCGGGACAAUCAUCCUCGGGGUCUGGUACCUGAUCAUCAACUCGAUAGUAUUGCUGAUUGUACUGAGUGCCCUGACAGACCCUGGCCAGUACCACUUGACGACUGCUGAAUUGGGGGGUGACUUUGAAUUUAUGGAUGAUGCCAAUAUGUGCAUUGCCACUGCAAUCUCUCUUCUCAUGAUUCUGAUCUGUGCAAUGGCCACGUACGGUGCAUACAAGCAACAUGCAGCCUGGAUCAUCCCAUUCUUCUGCUACCAGAUCUUUGAUUUUGCACUCAACACGUUAGUGGCUAUCAGUGUGCUUGUUUAUCCGCACACAGUCCAGGAUUACCUGCGACAACUGCCUGCCACCUUUCACUACAAAGAGGAGAUUAUGUCAGUAAAUUCUACCUGCCUAAUUGUGAUUAUUCUUCUUUUUAUAAGUAUCAUUUUAGCUUUCAAGGCUUACCUGAUCAGUUGUGUAUGGAAUUGUUAUCGAUACAUCAAUAACCGAAACAGCUCCGACGUGCUCGUCUAUAUUACCACUAAUGAUACAGCGGUGCUGUUGCCCCCGUAUGAUGAUCCCACAAAUGGCACUGCUGCUAAGGAUCCACCACCACCUUAUGUGUCGGCAUAAGGAGAGCAUGCGAAAAACGUACCUAAGGAACAAAUAGCUUUACUUUUCAAACACCUGAGCAAUAGAUUCUUUCUUUCAUUUCCAGAAUGGAUAU